AUGCCACGGCAUGCCCUUCACCGCUGGCUCGCACUCCGCUCCUCGCAUGGGGACUUCUCCUGGUACCACAGGCGUUUCCAGCAUGCAGAUGCGAGGCUCACCUGGGUCUGUGGACACAACAAGAGCCCAGAACAUUUGGUGCUCUGUCGACACUCACAGAGGCACUUUCUUCACUGGCCCAAGAGGCCAGCAGCACGGCCACACAACCGGGCGACAGCUGUUGCCUAUCUAGGGUCUCUGACCCCUACAGACUUUGUAGAACUGCUGGACUGCACGCAGUUCUACACACGGUACUGCACAAGGUAA